AUGGCAGAUGGUCAGCGCCAUCUGUUGCCUGCCUUCUCGAACCCGCUGUCCCCAAACGGCUUCUCUAGCGACCAAAUUGCCAAGGGGCUCUUUCUGAAUUCUCUCCUCACCCACUUCGUCGCUUCCCAGCCGUCGUCCGUGCCCGAGACCAGCACCACUCCCGGCUCUGCAAGCCACAACAACACACGCGGCAUGUACGGCCAGAACCACCAGCAGGGGCACAACACCCGCAUCAAUGGUGCGCCCGGUCGCCAGCAGGCCAUGCCCAUGCUGUAUAACUUCCAGCAGUCGGCCCACCCACACCAGGCCCAUGCGCAGCACCACCAGAAUAUCCAGCAGGACCAUAGCGGCGCAGGCAUCUUGGGCCACUCGGCCUUCUCCAGCGGUGUUUUGCCGAACGCAAGUCCCUUCUCUUCGAACAAUCUGCAAAACGGCCAUGCCUCAACCCCCAGGGCUGGUCAGACACAACAAAUCACCGAACACUGGGCAGAGCAGCUGCGGCUACACAAAGAAGCCGAGCGAGCGCAUGCCACUAUGACUGAGCAGCACCAACCGCACUUUUACGCAAGGCUCAAGGCUGCCGAAAACAGGGGUAUUGGAGGUGCCGCUCUUACCGGUGGCGAGACCGGGCCCUCGGUCGACGGCGAGGACGAUAGGAGACGACCGUGGAGCCUGGAAAAGACAAACAAGCGGCAGGAUUGGUACAAUCUCGACAUGAGCGGUCAGGGACUGCGAGUUCUGGCGGCGCCGCUCUUUGCCUACGAGUUUCUGCAGGAGCUCUACAUCGCGUCCAACCGGCUGACGUUUCUCCCUGCUGAGAUUGGCAGGCUGCGUCAUCUUCGGCAUAUGGAUGUCUCUAACAACCUCAUCUCGGAGCUGCCACCUGAGAUCGGCAUGUGCACCAAUCUUAAAUCACUCUACCUUUUCAACAACCAGAUCCGCGAUCUGCCCACCGAGCUGGGAUCGCUGUACCUCUUGGAUAUGCUAGGCAUCGAGGGGAAUCCGCUUGACCCGUCCCUCAAGCAGGAGAUCAUGGGAGGCGACACAAAGAGCUUGGUCAACCGGCUUCUUCUGAAAGCCCCAGUACCUAUCCCUCCGGCAGAAAGGAAGCCCAUCAUUGUGCAAGAAGACGUGUCUCCGAAUCUUGAACGGGUCAAGAUCCUCACAUGGAAUAUCCUCUGCGACAAAUUUGCGACAACGACCCUCUAUGGCUACACCCCGCCCACGGCGCUGUCAUGGGAUUACCGGAAGCAGAGGAUCAUGCAAGAGCUUCACGAGAGGGAUGCCGACAUCCUGUGUCUUCAAGAAAUCGCAACCGACGUGUUCCGUGAUUUCUUCAGCCCCGAACUCGCCCAGGACGGCUACAAGGGUGUGCACUGGCCAAGGCCCAAGGCAAAGACCAUGUCGGAGAAGGACGCCCAAUCGGUCGACGGUUGUGCCGUCUUCUACAAGGCAAGCAAGUGGAUCCUGCUGGACAAGCAACUCCUCGACUACGCCAAUAUCGCCAUCAAUCGCCCGGACAUGAAGAAUCAGCACGACAUCUUCAAUCGCGUAAUGCCCAAGGACAACAUUGGCAUCAUUUGCUUCUUCGAGAGCAGGCAGACGGGAGCACGCAUGAUCGUGGCCAACACGCACUUGGCUUGGGAACCGACUCUAGCCGACGUCAAGCUCGUGCAGACGGCCAUCAUGAUGGAAAACAUCACCAGGCUAGCCGAGAAGUAUGCCCGGUGGCCGCCGCUCAAGGACAAGAAGAUGAUCCAGCUGCCGCUGGAAGAAGGGGAGCAGCGCGUCGAAUUGCCGGAGCCGGCGCCGUCGCAGGAGUACCGCAACAACACCGACAUUCCGCUGCUCGUGUGCGGCGACUACAACUCGACCUACGACAGCAGCGUGUACGAGCUGCUGUCCAUGGGCCGGGUCGCCCCUAACCAUAACGACUUUGGCGACCACCAGUAUGGCAGCUUCACACGCGACGGCGUCGAGCACCCCUUCAGCAUGCGCUCGGCCUACGUCCACCUCAACGGCACCCCCGACGAGCUGACCUUCACCAACUAUGUCCCCGGCUUCGCCGAGGUCAUUGACUACAUCUGGUACUCGACCAACACGCUCGAGGUGGUCAGCUUGCUGGGGCCGCCCGACCGUGACCAUCUGAAGCGUGUGCCAGGCUUCCCCAACUACCAUUUCCCGGCCGAUCAUAUCCAGAUCAUGGCCGAGCUGGUCAUUAAGGCGAGGAAGGACAAGAAGAUGGUGCAAGAACCCGAUUUUGGCUCGGUGAGCGGUGAUCGCAGGGGCUGA